GUGCCCCAUUUUUCUAUUUAUGAAACACUAAUAAGAGAACCAGUUCAUUCGAUCGUCUGCUAGAGAUUCUCAAAGCGGCAAUUUUAAGUUUAAAAAAAUAAUAAUAUUAACUUUAAUGUUGUUAAAGCACAGUUUUAUGGUACAAUUUCCGAUGUGAAAAACAGAAGUGAGCAUGGCAAAGCCACGGCGAGCAUCUUUAAAUUCAUUAGACACCCCUAGACCAUCAACACCAUUUCGACAUCAAAAGGUGGUAAGCUACCAACUGUUUUACCAGGAACAAAAGGCACGACUUGGAUCACUUUAUACAUUCUUAACACGGGAACAAAUUAAUCUGAAAAUCAAAGACAAAUGGAAGCAGUUAGAGACUAAUCAAAAGAAGAAUUACACUAAGGCCAUAUUAUGUGUCACACCACUGAAAAAACCUAUCUUAGACCUAAAGCUGGCUUCUUCAACACCUAAAUAUUCCUCUGCAAAAAAGAAAGGUUCAUCAAAGGUUGAUUCUGAAGUCUCGUCUUUGCUUUCAACAUCUCCAUCACCUGUUAUUUCCAGUCAAGAAAAAGUGCAACAUUGGCUAAAUGAUCCCAAACAUGAUGUCCUUGGUAACAGCAAGAAAUAUGAAGCAACACAAUAUGCCUUGAAUUAUGGCAUUCCUGAAAUUAUUGAAGAGACUCCUGACAAACCAACAGGAAUACUGAAAAAUAACAGUUUCAGAAAUUCAAGUGAAGUAAAAAUCAAAUCAAAGAAUAAUUCUAGAGUGAGUUUUUCACCAAGGAAUAAUAAAACAAAAUCCUACCCCUCUAAAAGUAAAAUAACAAUGAAGGUUAGUAAUUUGACAGAUGUACCAUGCAUAGGCAGACAAAAGAAAACAUUGAUCAAAGACAAAGAUGUUUUUGAUUUUGACGUAAUUGAUAAUGUGGAGUUAUAUAUUGAGGAUGAAAUUUCAUUGAAUCCAGAGGUGAAAAACCAGUCCAUGAGCUCAUCCAAACUGACUUCCCAAAAGAAAAAAACAGCCAGAAAGUCAUUUAAUUUUGAAGAUGAUAAAAGUUUACAGAAUAAACAAGUACAACUCAUUAAACCUAAAUUGAAUGGUAAUGUUUCCAAGCAGACUUUGAAUACACCAGAAAAUAAAAAGAAACAAAAACCCCCAACACCAAUAGCUAAAAUGCUGAGAUGUCCAAAGAAACAAAAAGCACAAAACUCAAAAUCUGAAAAUGAGAGAGAGCCUGGCAAAAUUGUCUUAAAUAAACAGUUAAGACCACAGAAAGAUAUUUCUGAGUUAAAACUAAAUCUAAAGCAUAGACCAAGAACUGAUACUCAUGCAGUGAAACAAAGGCUUCGCCCUAGACACAAACAGUUUUCUCCUGAAUAUUCUAAAAGCAAUAGGUUCAAGAGUAAUUCUCUACAAGAAGAUCAGUCGACAGAGCACUCUACUUUCUAUAGAAACAGAAAGGGUUUGCUUGUUGGACCAAUCAUCUAUGGUGGAAGUGACAAUGUGUCAGCAGGAUUGUCACCAUCAGUUUUUGAUGACCGUGAUGCCAAUUUUGAUGACCAAGGUGCAAACUCUGAUAACCAUGGUGCAGACUCUGAUGACGAUUAUGGCUAUUACACUAACCACAAAGGUCUGAUAUUUGGUCCCAUUUCAGAUGGGCAGUCUUUCACAAAGAAGAAUGAGAAGAAAGAAUAUGUUAAAGAUAGUACGGUAGCAUUUGUGUCGAAGAAAGAAAAGGGCACUCUUGUUGAUAAGGUGUUUCCAAAACAAACUAAAACAUAUACACAGAGACGGAGAACAAUAUCAGGUAAUGCUCAACAAAUUCAGAAACCUUCAAAUGCUUUGUACUCAUCAAAUUCAGAAAAGACCGUACCAAAGGCAAAUCGUUCCAAGAGUUACAGAGCUGAAAUAACAAACUGUAAAAAGUGUUUGAAAAAAGAUAAUGACAUGGGUGAUUCUUUAACUGUCACAAAUUCAAAGUUCUCAAGGCAGAAAAACACACAAAUGUUGUUAAAUGAUAAAUUACAUCAGCAAAAGCCUUCAUCUCCUGCAAGUUCAAUACCAUGGGAAGCUGAUAACAGUGUGAAGGAUCUGGAGAGCUUAUCCAUUGCUAGCACAGCUGAUUUGGAAUUGGUCCACCCUCAGAUGACCCAGUCAAAGACAACAUUGGCUCAAGUGUUAUCCAGAAUGCAACAGAUUACCUCCCCUAUUCAGAUGUCAUUGGAGUCUUCACCAAGAUUAUUGUCACCUACUCUCUCUGGAAUAUCUCAGCUUACUAGUUUAUCAGAGAAAUCUUCAAACCACAGUGAGAAAGUACUUAGACAGGUGGAUGAAAGGAAAUCUAUUCUAAGGAGUUUUCAUUCACAAAAUCAAAAACAGGGCACAAUAAUACCACAGCUUUCUAGUUUGUCCGAGGAAGCUUCAAACCAAAGUGAGAAAAUGCAACGUAAACAGAUGGAAGAAAGGAAACCUAAUUUAAGGUUUAAUUCACAAAAUGGAAAAACAAAAUCAAGACAAAGCACUGUUUCAAAGAAACUUACUACACAUGUCAGUCAAGAGAAAGACUUGCUGUGUGACAUGUUUCAAGAUGUGACUCCACCAGAAAAGAAAAAGAUGAAACUAAGAGAACGCAGACUGGUUGCCAGUAACAAGGAAGCUAAAAUGCUAAAUUUUGAAACUAUGUUUGAUGAGAGAGACAUCUUUUUGUAACCAGAUGUGCAGCUUGAUGUCUGUUGUAAUGAAAUUUCUGCCUCCAACAAGGAAUACUAUGGUGCAGUAAUAAUGUCAUAUGCAAAGUAAUUUUCUGGUGUGAAUUAAUGGCAAUGAGAAUAUACAAUGUUUUGUAAGAUAUUUGUUAAAAAAACCCAGUUAACUGACAGCAAUGCGAUGAAGUAAACAUGACAGUUUAAGUAUAUUAUGAUGUCUACCAAGUCUUCUUGUGAUGAUUUAUUAUUCUGUACAUUACAUAUAUAAUUAGUUUGAAAAUUGUGUACAAAAAUAAAAACAAUGUCCAUGCCUGCAUACAUUCUAAGGUUGUAGUUUAUGGAUAUGACUUAGUAGCAACCUCUUUACACCAUCCUAUAUACCCUGGAACAACUAUAUUUCCUGCACUUCAUUUUAUUUAUUAUGGUGUUGUAUUUGAAUAUUAUCAUGGAUACAUGUAACGUAUCACAUAUUUUUUACAUAUGCAUGCAUAAAUUCUUGGCCUGUAUAUCAUGGAUGCAACAUACCCGCAUUAUGAUUUGCUAAAUACAUACAGCCCAUUUCAAUUUUCUAUCCAGUCUUGAAAUUAAUGACUUGAUUAAAAACGACAAAUAUUUAACAUUACUUUUUGUUAUGAUUAGAAUUUUAUGUAAUGUAUAAAUAGUUAACAUUACAUUUGUUCAAUUUGUUUGUUAAAAUUAUAAAUGCCAUCCUUUAAAAUAAUAUUAAGGUUUUCUUUGUUCAUGCAUCACUGCUUGUGGAAAAUUCGAAUACAAAUCUUUUAAAAAAUAAUUUUUUUUUUAUAAUUGUAUUUUAAUGUUUCUUGUUAAUUAAUUAAAAAAUAUUUAAACACAAUGUGUAAUAUCUUAUUUGUAAAGCUGUGAAUAAACAAAGCUGGUGUUAACAAAAA